UGAAUUCACUAUUGAACUUUCACUUGCAGGAAGUUGAAAGAGAAAUUUCAUUCAGAACAGAAUGUGGACUUUAUUAUUCAUACUACAAACAGAUGAUCCAGGCUGCUUCCAUCCAGCAAGGUUUACAUGGUUUAGUAUAUGACAAUAAAACUGAAUCUGUGAGGACAAUUAACAUACUUGAAAGAAUGAAUGUUUACCAGGAGGUGUUUCUCAGCAUUCUGUAUAGGAUUCUUCCAAUUCAGCAAUACCUAGAGCCCAUAUAUUUUUAUAUCUACACUUUGUUUGGACUUCAGGCAGUUUAUGUCAUUGCUCUGUAUGUAACAAGCUGGCUUCUUAGUGGAACAUGGCUUUCAGGGUUGUUGGCAGCUUGCUGGUAUAUUACAAACAGAGUAGAUACUACAAGAGUAGAAUUCACCAUCCCUUUAAGAGAAAACUGGGCACUACCAUUCUUUGCUGUUCAGAUAGCAGCCAUCACAUAUCUGCUCAGAACUCAUUUACAGCCUGUUCAAGAAAGAUUGACACUUACAGCUGUAUUCAUAGCAACGUUUCUCUUUAGCCUGACUUGGCAAUUUAAUCAGUUUAUGAUGCUGAUACAAGCAUUGGCAUUAUUCAUACUGGACUGCUUUGACAUGCUUCCCAGAGCAAAGGUUACAUGGCUCUAUAUAAUUCAGAUUUCUGGAUUAAUGCUAGUCUGUGUCCUACAGUUCUUUAAUUCUAUGAUUCUGGGAUCAUUAAUUAUAAGUUUUAAUGCUUCUGUCUUGAUAGCAAGAACAAUCCAGAAAAACCUAAAGAAGGGUGUCUUGCUUAGUCGGCUUGUGAAGCUUAUCCUCCAUGUACUGUUAGUUUUGUGCUUGACUCUUCUAAUAAAUAAAUUCAUCAAGAAAAUUCUUCACCUUGAGUCAGAUGAACAUAUAUUCAAAUUCGUGAAAGCAAAAUUUGGAUUUGGGGCAACCAGGGAUUUUGAUGCUAACCUGUAUCUUUGCGAAGAAGCUUUUGGGUUACUGCCAUUAAAUACUUUUUCCAGACUCUCAGAUACCUUACUCUUCCAUGUCUACCUAUUCGUGCUCUCCCUUAUGACAGUAGCAGCUGUAAUUGUUGCCUUUCGGAACCUCAGUGGUUCAAAUCAAGUCCUGUUCAUGGAAAAAAUGGAAGAAUGUGCAGUGACAUUGAAACCUGAAGCUGCUUACAACUUAAUCCACACUGUUCUUUUUGGAUGUCUGGCAUUAAGCACAAUGAGAAUGAAGUACCUCUGGACAUCCCACAUGUGUGUAUUUGCAUCUUUUGGCCUGUGCAGUACAGAAGUCUGGAAGCUUACCCUGAAGUGUGUCCAUCUCUACACGCCACGGAGGAUGCUUGUGAUUAAGUAUUCUAUACCAAUAAUUACCUUACUAUACAUUUCAUAUAAGUUCUGUCCAGGAAUAAUGGAUGAACUGUCAGAGCUGAGAGAAUUCUAUGACCCAGACACUGUGGAGCUGAUGAACUGGAUUAAGUCAAACACUCCAAACACAGCAGUGUUUGCUGGGAGCAUGCAGCUAUUAGCAGGAGUCAAACUGUGCACUGGACGGACCUUAACUAAUCAUCCCCAUUACGAGGAUAAGAACCUGAGAGAGCGCACGAAACAGAUUUAUCAGAUCUAUGCUAAGAGAUCUCCUGAAGAUGUUUACAGGAUACUGCAGUCCUUUGGCACAGACUAUGUGAUCCUGGAGGACAGCAUUUGUUACGAAAGAAGGCACAGUAGAGGCUGUCGGCUACGUGACUUACUUGAUGUAGCUAAUGGCCAU